AUGAUGAUCAGUCCCAACAGCAAAAGGGUUUUCCUCACCAUUUUCAUCUCUCUACUCUCUCUCAUCUCCCUCCUCACAACCCAAACGCGCCCUUCGUCAGCUCUACACGUGGCGGCUGCCAAGAGAGCCGAUCGGCGGCCGGUCGGUCUCCACCGGAGCAAAAAACGGGCGAGGCUCGUUUGGCACGAGAAGAGAGCGAACAAGGGUUUUGAUUAUAACCGCCGUUUUUCGGCCAUGCUUCCAAAGGGUUACGUGCCGCCUUCUGAUUCGUCGCCUUGCCACAACCUCUACCCUAAUUCGGUCGCCUUCUUUUGUCAUCUUUCUUCGCCCAAGGUGCGUGGGCCGUAG